UUAUAUUUGAUCAUCAGGACCAGUUGUUGCUGGCUGCUGCAACUAUAAAAACUACACUUCCCAGAAGACAUUAUUGCUGCGGACUGGAAGAGAUCAUGGCUGAGUGGUUGGAUAGCGUGAAGUCUGUCAAAGGAAUUUUGCUUGAUGUAUGUGGCGUUCUGUAUGACUGUGGGGGAGACGGCAUAGUUAUUCCUGGUUCAGUGGAGGCUGUUACACGAAUUAAGAAGGCUGGUUUGAAGUUACGCUUCUGUACCAAUGAAUCGCAAGCAACCAGAGAAAAAUUUAUAACAAAACUGAAUCUCGUGGGGUAUGAUAUUUCUGCUGAAGAGAUUUUUGCUCCUGGCCCAGCAGUCUGUCAGAUCCUGAAAGAACGUGGGUUAAGGCCACACCUCCUUGUGCAUGAUGGUUUGCUUCCAGAAUUUGAGCAAAUUGAUCAGUCAAAUCCAAACUGUGUUGUGAUUGGGGAUGCAGCAGACAAUUUCUCUUAUGAAAAUUUGAACAAUGCUUUCCGACAUUUAAUUGAAAUGGAGAAGCCAGUAUUGAUAUCUUUGGGAAAAGGGCGUUAUUACAAAGAAAGAGAUGGUCUGAAUCUUGACGUUGGCGUUUAUAUGAAGGCAUUAGAGUAUGCAUGUGAUAUUCAAGGUGAAGUCGUAGGAAAGCCAGCAAAAGCAUUUUUUAUGGCUGCACUGGCAGAUAUGGGAGUAGAACCACAUGAGGCUCUUAUGAUUGGAGACGAUAUUGUGAAUGAUGUGGGGGGUGCACAACAGUGUGGCAUGAAAGCAUUACAAGUACGGACAGGAAAGUACAGGCCCUGUGAUGAGUGUCAUCCAGAAGUGAAAGCUGAUGGAUAUGUAAACAACUUGGCAGAAGCUGUCACCCUCAUUCUGGAGCACUUGAAUAAUUGACACUUUGGCAGGCAUUGCUGUGCCAUUACAUUAACAGAUUUAUUACUUGAAAUUGUACCUCACUGAUUAUAGUUGAUAACUAGGUAGAAAUUACCUGGUUUCUGUUACCAUGGGUCUUAUUCAUUACAUACAGCUUUCUAUAGGCUAUUCAACAAAAGUUAGUAUACCAUUGGUUGUUUUAUUCUGUUUAAGUAGUAAUUGUUUAGUUAAUGAGAAUGACAUCAUGACUAAUUUAAAUUAUUUCUGUGAGCACUCUAUUUAUACUGAAUGUAUUAAACAAGUAGUAUGAGUUCUGAAGAAGUUCCUGACAGCAUUAAAGGAAUGAAAGCGCUAAACCACA